AAAUGUUGAGAAACAAUGAUCAAAAUGAAUUGAUCCAUGAACAAGGAUAGAACAAGUAUUCCACGGCCCCCACUAUACGCUACCCGAGGCAACCACCUCACUCUGUCUCUAUGGGAGGGUCAGGCCAGGGCUUAAACCAUAACUGGGGUGGUUUGUGGCAAGCCGGGCUGUAACAGAUGCCGAAGGCAAGUGAUUCAGGCGACUUAUGCAAAGGAGACGUGUGUUGGUGAUGAGCAGAUAGGUUGGGUGAUUCGGGCAGCACCUUCCUCCUUCUGCAACAAUUGCUUCUUGUAUCAUCAGGAAGUUUAGACAACCUGAACAAUGGCUUUGGAUCUAGUCACUCAGCUAUCCAUGGUAAAGGUGGGGUGCUAACAGGUGCUUCCUCAUCAUCCAGACCUUGGCUAAUACCAGGCAAAAUAAAAGACAGGAGGUGACAGAAAGACAGCGCCUGGGAUGCUGCCAGCCUUUGGGGGUGUGGUAAGAAAGAAGUUCUUGGAAAUAAUACAAUCCUCAAGCAUACAAUGUUCCUGGAAUUCCUGGUAGCCCUAUUGUUUUUUGUAUCAGCUGCGAGUGCAGCGGAAGCAGAACGGGUACCUGGAGGGAAGGCGUGUCCUGCUCACUCUCAGCCGUGGCAAGCGGGACUCUUUUCUGGCUUCAGACUAGUUUGUGGAGGGACUCUGAUCCACAAGUCAUGGGUGCUCAGUGCGGCUCACUGUAGAAGGAGAAGUCCUUUCCCUGUGCGUCUCGGAGAGCAUGACCUCAAGCGCCUGGACUGGUCCGAGCAGCUGAAGCUGGCCUCCAAAGUCAUUGUGCAUCCCAACUACGAUCCUCAAACCAAGAACAACGACAUCAUGCUCGUGAAACUGCUGACUCCUGUCUGCUUGAAUAACAAAGUCAAAAUCCUCAAGUUGCCAACCACUUGCCCUGUUCCUGGGACCGAGUGCCUUAUAUCAGGGUGGGGUACAACAACAAGCCCUGAAGUAAAUUUCCCAGAUGUUCUGCAUUGUGCAAACAUCACCGUUGUCGACUAUGAAGUCUGCCGAUCCAUCUAUCCCAAUUAUAUCAAUGAGAACAUGGUCUGUGCGGGCAAGAUGGAGGGAGGCACAGAUGCUUGCCAGGGUGAUUCGGGUGGACCCCUUGCCUGCAAUGGGCAGUUACAAGGGAUUGUAUCCUGGGGACCAAUUCUAUGCGGACAGCCAAACAGACCGGGCGUCUAUGUUAAUGUCUGCAAAUAUGUGGACUGGAUUAGAGAAACCAUCAGGCAUAACUGAACAUCGUUUUGCAGCCCCGAGCAAACCGAAGGGAGGACAAAAAUACGGAAUUGAUUCAACGUCUGUCAUCCUUUCUAUAACUAGUUGAGGUUGCUUUUAUCACUGCGGUGGCACAAUGGGUUAAACUCAUAUGCCGGCUGAACUGCUGACCUGAAGGUUGGGUUGCUGACCUGAAGAUUGGCAGUUCAAAUCCUCGAGGUGGGAUGAGCUCCCGUCUGUCAGCUCUAGCUUGCGGGGACAUGGGAGAAGCCUCCCAGCUAACACAUCCUGGCGUCCCCUGGGCAACGUCUCUGUAGACAGCCAAUUCUCUCACACCA